AUGUCAUCGACGAAAAGAUUACUGCAUGCCCUCAUCAUGGGUGCCCCAGGCUCUGGAAAAGGAACUGUGUCAGAACGGAUAGUCCAAUCUUUUGACAUGCUACACAUAUCCAGUGGUGACAUACUGCGGAAAAUGAUACGAGAGAAGACUGACUUCGGCAUACAAGUCAACAAAUUCGUGUCCAACGGACAACUCGUGCCUGAUGAACUCAUGUUGAAAACUAUUGGCGGCGAGUUGAACCGCUUGUCGUCAGCUGAUCGCAGCUGGCUGCUAGAUGGCUUCCCAAGGACCAAACCACAGGCACUGAGCUUAUUCAAAAUAGCACCUGUCCAAGUAGUAAUCAGCCUCGAUGUGCCCUUUGAUAUCAUCAUCAAUAGAGUUAAAGGUAGAUGGAUUCAUGCACCAAGUGGACGAGUCUACAACACUGAUUUUAAUGCACCCAAGGUACCCGGCUAUGAUGAUGUAACUGGUGAACCAUUAAUGCAACGCGACGACGAUAAACCAGAAUCUGUUAAGAAACGUUUGGAAAUAUACUCAGAGAUGGCUGGUCCUAUUUUAGAAUAUUAUGCCGAGCAAAAUGUUUUAGCAAAAUUCUCAGGAAAAACUACCAAUGAAAUUUGGCCUCAAGUCUACAAAUAUUUGACCACCAAGAUUGAACCCAAGGAAAAACUUGCAUAA